AUGAAUAUAUCUAUAUCAGCACGACUGAUUGGUACAUGUCACGAAAGAAUUUAUAUACAUGGUGGUAGAAGGGUUUAUAGUGGCAUCACAACAAAGAGCAAUCAACUAAGGGGAUACGCCACUCACAAGUCAAGGAUUGACCGCAAACUUGUUCUAUCUCCAUCAGACCUAGAUGAAGUAAAACAUAUGAAAAGACAAAUAUGGGUAAUAGCAAAUUCCAAAGGUUCAGUUAAAAUUGAUAGUCAGUUUAAUGACACGUUAAAACAAUUGUCUGUUGAUCGAUUCCCAUCUACGCUAAGUCCUAAACAAAUAUCAAACGAAUUAUAUGUAUUAAUACUCCAAAAUAGAGUCGGUGAUAAUGAAAUUUAUAAUGCAAUUAGAAAUAGUCGGAAAGAUAACGAUAUUGUUAAUGUUAAGGUCCCAAAGACUCAAUCAACCCCCAAAAAAGUGCCUUCUUUUAAGAAACAUAAAACAACUAUUCCCCUUAAUCUAAAACCACAGAAGACCUCAGAGUUUAAUCUUCUUCUCCAACAAAUAUUAGAGAUAGAUCAUCAUCACUCAAAUGAAUUGUAUCAAAUUUUAUCUAAUAUUAUCGAGGAGUCAAAUGAGUUACAGGAGUUUAAAUCUAAGUCAUCAAAUAUUGACAAAGAUAACAACCAAAUAAAUAUAAAAAUAUUGGAGACAUACUUGCAGAACAUAAGAAAUAAACAAGAGCAAAAGAGAUCUGUCUUAGAGGAACAAAGGAAAGUAUAUGAUUGGAAUCGUUCAAUUGAUUCUGCUCCUUCAUAUAACACAAAAAAUCUAUUAUUGGAAGUUAAUUCAAAACCACACUUUACCAAUGGAUCAUGGAGGAAUUAUUUUAACAGGUAUCUACCGCUCACAAAUGCACGAUCUGUAAAGGAAGACAACUACUUAUUUGUGAAUCUCAAGACAAAUUCGGAAUCAGUUAAGAAAUAUAAUGAAACCAACCGUCCUCUGAUACAUUCACAAGAAAAUGAUUUACUCGAUAUAAUUAACAGAUCUUCAAUAACUCCAGAAGAUGUCUUGGAAAGACUCAAGGAAUUAGAAAGUCAAAAUUGGAUGUUGCUGGGCAAUGUUAUAGACUCCCCCGAAGUUUUGAUUUUUGAGAAAUCAAAUAGCGGUAAAAAGUCCUCAAUAUCUAAGUACACGAUACCACUAUGUUUAAUGGCACUUUCUACCAUCCCAAUAGCCUUUUUUUAUAGUAACUCUUCUUCGAUCGAAGACAAUUCGGUAUCCAAGUAA